AUGGCACAGAUUUAAUUUAUUUCUCAUGGUACAGAGUGUGUGCUGUUCUCAUGAACAGUCUUCAACUACUGGUAUACUUAUGCAGGGAAAUUGUGAGGAUUAAUCACACUGGCUGAUUUUCAAAGAGCAAAAGCCCCAGAUAUGCAGAUAUUUUUACACAAUUAUCUUUCUUUACAUGUUUAAUUACUCUGCAUACCCAAAUAUCCAAUUUGCAUAUGCAAUCAAAAUAACUGCACCGGAAAAGACAGGCACAAAAGUCGGGUUCUUACUAUUUGUAAAGUACUUUACAGAUGAAAAGCACCAUCCUGAAUUAAUAACUCCUCAUGCUGCUAUACUAGAAUGGAAGCUGCAAAGUGAGACAAUGCCAGCAGCUCCAGUCAUUGCUUUGGAAUCCCUGGUAUGAGACAAGAAGAGAAGGCUUCGGGUACAGUGGGAUUACUGCUGCAUUGUUGUCAUCAUGAAGGCAGCCACAGCCACCAUACUUGUCCUAGCUACCUGCACCCUGCUCUCUUCAGGGAAGAAGUUCAGAUGGUGCACCCUGUCUGACCUGGAACAGAGGAAGUGUGCUGAGUUAUCUAAAACACUCCUGGCUGUCCUACCUCUGGCUACGAUAAACUCCUUUGCUAGGGUUUCCUGCAUCAGAGCUCAAAAUACUCAUGACUGUAUCGACAAGAUCAGGGUGAAUAAAGCAGAUGCUGUCUCCUUGGAUGCUGGAGAUGUUUAUUCUGCUGUGAAGCUGUACGGUCUAACUGUGGUGGCAAAGGAGAUCUAUGAGGAAGGGAACUGUGUGUUUGCUGUGGCCAUUGCCAGACGAGGAACUUUGAGCAUCCAGAGGCUAAGGGGGGUGCGUAGCUGCCACAAUGGAGCCAGGUGGACGUCAGGCUGGAACAUCCCACUGGGCUUCCUCCUGGCUAGGAAUGAGCUCCUCUGGGAUGAGGAUCAGCCUCUGAGCCAAGUGAUCAGUCAGUAUUUCAAUGCCAGCUGCAUCCCAGGUGUUGGCGUCACCUCCCCUCAGCUCUGUGCUCUCUGUCAAGGACCGAAAUCCUACGUUAGGAACAAGAACCACUUCUGUGACACCAGCAGCAGUGAGCCCUUCUACGACUCUGAGGGAGCCUUCAGGUGCUUGAAGAAUGGAGUAGCAGAUGUUGCUUUCCUAGAUCACUUAACAAUAAUGAAUGGCACAGAUUCAGAUCAAGAGGAAUAUGAGCUCUUGUGUCCUGAUGGAUCCACAGCGAAGCUGAGUGCCUAUGGCACCUGUAACCUGGGUCGUGGGCCUGGGCGUGCCAUCAUCAGCCGCCACAACUUCCAGAAGAUCACCAAGAAAUUCCUCACCCUGAUCCAGCAUCUCUUUGGGCAGAAUGGAAAAGAAAGGGCCAAGUUUGAGCUCUUCACUUCAGUGCCAUUCAGGGGGAAGAACCUGCUGUUCCGCGAUGCCACUCAGCACCUGCAGCUGCUCAAGGACAAAGCAGAGAUCUCCCACAUCCUUGGCCUGGACUACGUAGCCCUCUUGAAGGGACUAGGCCAUGAAGGGAGCUCACUGGACAACAGUGUGGUACGCUGGUGCUGCAUCAGCAAUGCUGAGCUCCGCAAGUGUGAAGAGUGGGCCCUGAACAUCAAAUCUGACCCCCUGGUCUGUGUCCAAGCCGCUUCAAUGACCAACUGCAUUGAGUUGAUCAAGAGUAAUGAGGCCGAUGCAGCCACGCUGGAUGCCACGCAUGCCUACAUUGCAGGGAUAUGUGGGCUGGUCUCAGUAGCUGCAGAAUGUUAUGGAGAGGGGUGUGCCCCAGCUGCUGGGAGAACAAAGAAGCUGACCCACCUUGCAGAUAAAGUACUGCCACCUGUCUACGCUGUAGCCCUGGCAAAGAAGAAUGCCGGGCAUGUAAAUAUCCAUAACCUGAGGGGACGGCGUUCCUGCCACAGUCACCUGUACAGUCCUGGGGGGUGGCUGCUCCUCUCCAGGUACACAGUGGGGGCUCUGGAGAACAACACUGUGAACUGUGAUAUCGGCUCUGCUUACCAGAGUUACUUUUGGAAGGGUUGUAUGCCAGGAGCAGCCAGGAACCUAUGCAAAGUCUGUAUUGGAGAUGGUGAGAUGGAAGGGGCGAAAGUGUCCAGCAGGUGUGCUGCGAAUCAUAACGAACGCUACUAUGGAAACAUGGGUGCGCUCAGGUGUCUAGUCGGCAGUCCCAGUGGAAGGAGCUUUGGGGAUGUGGCUGUCCUGGAACAUCAUAACCUGCUCAAGAAUAUUGAGACUCUGCAAAGCUCAGGUUGGGCUAUGGGUUAUACCCUAAAUGACUUUGAGCUGUUGUGUCUGGAUGGAAGGCGUGUCGCAGUCACAGACUGGGCAGACUGUAACCUCGGUCCUGUUCCUCCUAACAUAGUUAUGACUCGACCAGUGACUACCACCAAGAUCUAUGGCUUCCUGAUGAAAUCCCAGGAAACUCUGGAAACAAAUCUGGAUUCUAGGUUCCAUCUAUUUCACUCACAGAAGUAUGGAGAAAGUGAUCUGCUCUUUAAAGAUGCUACUCAGUAUCUUGUUCACACAAGUCACCUGGGCUAUCAGUCAAUUCUUGGAGAGCCCUUCUUUCAGCUGGCAGAAUCUGUGUUUAACUGCACACAUGCAGACAUCUUAGAAUUCUGCAAACAGGAUAUCUGCACAUCUUAGAUAUGCAGACAUAUCUACAAACGCAACACACAGAAGUUCCACAAGACAUCCACCACCGCCACCCAAGUUGAAAUCAAGAGAUGUCAAGAGGAUUUUCACCACUUGAGACUGGCUAUUUUCUGUUUCAUAGAAGCAAGAGAGACCUCAUUUAAAUACUGAAAAAAACUGAACCUUGCAGUUACCUUGCACCUACUAAUAUAUAUGCUGAUAAUGCUGCUCAGAUGUCACUCCCUUUUCCUAUGCAGAAGCGCUGCCUAUUACCAACGUUCACUCCACUUGGUGUGGAGCAUGGCAUCAUGUAGAGCAGUACAGAUCAGACAGCAAACCUUGAGACUGGGCCAGUGGUAUCAGAAAAGCAGCACCAGCAAUUAAGAUCAAAACUCCUCAGUAUUUCCAGUUUAAACCCCACUCCCCACCCUCACAAUUCAGCAUCUUUAUAAGAAGGACAAAGGCCACGCUGUAGGCCACAUUGGGCCUAGGAAUUAUUCCUCCCUUUACAGACCAUGUACGUAACAGAGGUUAUUGCCUCAUUCCCCUAACAUGUUUUCUUUAUACUACAUUUCCAUUUAAAACAACUUGUUAUCUGAGGUAACUGCAACAUUACUUUUAUAUGCAUAGAUCUUGCUAUAGUUAGCCACUACACAAGACCUAUAUAUUUACAUCUAGCAUAGACAAGCAAUAAGUGUAUCCAUGUCUGCUAUGAAUAGAGAAGGGUUUAUUUCUCUUCUGUUUGUAUGACCAACCAAGAAUGUGUCCCAAAUGAAUCAAUACAUUUUGCACUUAUCCCUUAGCAAAUUAA